AUGAAGAGAGAAGAAAGAGAAUCCCUAUUCUGCCACCAGAAUUCAACCAGUUGCCUCUACACCAAUGGCUCAGCAAAGGAAUACAGAGAAAGGGAAGAAGAAAACUCCAACUACAUUGACAGGAGUCUUGGGCUUCAAAGACCUAUUUUCUUGAAGGUAUGGAGAGCGUCUUUGGCAGAGCUUCUGGGCACAGCAGUUCUUGUUUUUGCAAUGGACACAAUAGUCAUAUCUUCCUAUGAGACUCAAACCAAGACUCCACACCUUAUAAUGUCAUUUCUUGUUGCCAUCACCGUCACAAUUCUCCUCCUCGCUACCUCUCCGAUCUCCGGCGGCCACAUCAACCCUAUUGUAACCGUUGCCGCUGUUCUAACGGGCCUCAUUUCGGUCUCUCGGGCUAUCGUCUACAUUCUGGCCCAAUGUAUUGGUGGCAUUCUAGGUGCAUUGGCCCUAAAAGCUGUGGUAAACAGCACCAUUCAACAAACAUUUUCACUCGGAGGUUGCACGCUCACUGUUGUCGUUCCUGGCCGACACGGACCAGUAGUGAUCGGGCUUGAGACAGGCCAGGCCCUUUGGCUCGAGAUAAUUUGUACAUUUGUGUUUCUCUUUGCGUCGAUAUGGGUUGCCUUCGAUUAUCGUCAAGCCAAGGCCUUGGGCCGGUUCAUGGUUUGCCUUGUAAUCGGAGUGGUUGUGGGCUUAAUCGUGUUUGUAUCCACGACAGUGACUGCAACAAAGGGCUAUGCCGGGGUUGGGAUGAACCCGGCGAGAUGUUUGGGCCCAGCGCUGAUAAGAGGAGGCCAUCUAUGGAGUGGACAUUGGGUCUUUUGGGCAGGCCCAGUUAUAGCUUGUGUAGCUUUUGCAUUAUAUAUAAAGAUGAUUCCUCGUGAACAUUUUCACGGUGGAGAUUAAAUUAA